AUGAUCAUUCUAGAUCAGAUCAAUAUGGAGAGAGAUUUGGAGUUUGAACAUUUUGAUGAACGAGACAAGGGGAUGAGGUAUGGCAGAGCAUCCCGGUUGAACGGCUUACCCAGCCCCACACACAGCGCCCACUGCAGCUUCUACCGGACCCGCACCCUGCAGACCCUCAGCUCCGAGAAGAAAGCCAAGAAAGUGCGUUUUUACCGCAACGGGGACCGCUACUUUAAGGGCAUCGUGUAUGCGGUGUCCCAGGACCGCUUCCGCUCUUUCGAGGCUCUGUUGGCUGACCUGACCCGAACUCUGUCCGAUAACGUCAACCUACCCCAGGGAGUCAGGGUCCUCUACAGCAUUGAUGGCAACAAGAAAAUCACUAGUCUCGAAGAGCUGGUGGCAGGGGAAAGUUAUGUCUGUGCAUCUUUUGAAUCAUUUCGAAAAGUGGACUACACAAAGAACGUAAACCCAAACUGGUCAGUGAAUGUCAAGGCAACUACAACUGCACGUACACCAACAUCUAUCAGUAGUUCCAAAGCAAGUACCACUGAGACUAAAGAAAAUAAAGAUUUCAUUCGGCCCAAGCUGGUGACCAUCAUUCGGAGUGGUGUGAAGCCACGAAAAGCUGUUAGGAUUCUGCUCAAUAAAAAGACUGCACAUUCAUUUGACCAAGUUCUUACAGAUAUCACUGAUGCCAUCAAGUUGGAUUCAGGAGCAGUUAAACGUUUGUACACACUGGAUGGGAAACAGGUGAUGUGCCUUCAGGAUUUCUUUGGUGAUGAUGACAUUUUUGUUGCCUGUGGUCCUGAGAAGUUCCGCUAUGCACAGGAUGACUUCUCACUGGAUGAAAACGAAUGUCGAGUUGUUAAGUCUACUUCAUACACUAAAGUUCCUGGUGCAGGUGGUGGUGCUACAGCACGAAACAUUACCACUAAGAACCCUGGGCCUUCCCGACGUAGCAAGUCCCCAGCUUCUACUGGCUCAGUGAAUGGAACGCCUGGUAGCCAACUUUCUACUCCACGUUCGACCAAGACACCAAGCCCAUCACCAACCAGCCCAGGCAGCCUACGUAAACAGAAGAGUUCUCAGCAUGGUGGAUCCUCAACAUCUCUGGCAUCAACCAAAGUUUGCAGCUCCAUGGAUGAGAAUGAAGGCCCUGGUUGUGAAGAAGUUGUCGAGGAAACAUUCCAAGUGCCAGCAUCCAUAGCUGAACGUUACAAAGUUGGAAGAACUAUCGGUGAUGGGAAUUUUGCAAUUGUGAAAGAAUGUAUAGAAAGGUCAACUAGUAGAGAAUAUGCUUUGAAAAUUAUUAAUAAAAGCAAGUGUAGAGGCAAAGAGCAUAUGAUUCAAAAUGAAGUGUCCAUCUUACGAAGAGUUAAACAUCCAAAUAUUGUUCUUUUAAUUGAAGAAAUGGAUACACCAAGUGAACUUUAUCUAGUCAUGGAACUUGUCAAGGGUGGAGAUCUUUUUGAUGCUAUUACUUCCACCAACAAAUAUACAGAGCGUGAUGCCAGUGGAAUGCUGUACAAUCUGGCCAGUGCUAUCAAAUACCUGCAUAGCCUUAACAUCGUGCACAGGGACAUCAAACCAGAGAAUCUACUGGUUUAUGAACAUCAGGAUGGAAGCAAAUCUCUAAAAUUAGGGGACUUUGGCCUUGCUACCGUAGUAGAUGGGCCUUUGUAUACUGUCUGUGGAACACCUACAUAUGUGGCUCCAGAAAUAAUUGCUGAAACUGGCUAUGGUCUGAAGGUGGACAUCUGGGCUGCUGGUGUGAUUACUUACAUUCUACUUUGUGGUUUUCCUCCAUUUCGUGGGCACAGCAACGACCAAGAUGUUCUAUUUGACCAGAUACUGAUGGGGCAUCAGGAAUUCCCAUCACCAUAUUGGGAUAAUAUUUCUGACUCUGCAAAAGAGCUCAUCACCAUGAUGCUACAGGUUGAUAUAGAACAGCGAUAUUCUGCACAGCAGUUGUUGGACCACCCUUGGGUGAAUGAUGAUGGGUUGCCAGAGAAUGAGUAUCAACUAUCGGUGGCUGGAAAGUUGCAGAAACACUUUAACACAGGCCCCAAACCGAGCAAUACUUCAGCUGGAGUGUCUGUGAUAGCACUGGACCAGGGGUUUUCCAUCAACCGAUCAGAGUCAUUGGACUACUACCAGCAACCAGGAAUGUAUUGGAUAAGACCACCGCUCUUGAUAAGGAGAGGCAGGUUUUCCGAAGAAGAUGCAACCAGGAUGUGAGGAGAAGCUACGUGGUACAAACUAAUGCACCAGAACACAACUCUGAAUCUGAAGAUUACUCACCAAGCUCUUCUGAGACUGUUCGC